AUGGCAGAGAUGGGGAAAAGCAUUGGAUCGAUGCACUCUGCCUUCCAACUACUUAAGCUGACGGCUGUUAAAACACUGAUGGCCGCAGCACUUAUCUGGAUGUUCUGGCGGGACCCUCACUCUGCCUUUUUCAACGACAGAGCUGGUGUAUAUGACUUGGGGUAUAGUAUGAGUCGAGAGAGAGAGGCGCACCGCUUCAUUACUAGGAAUAAUGCGCGUGUCGAGCCGCCUGCUUCCGUCAAAGGUGGUGCGGAUCCAUUGUUCUGUGUUGCGUUUGUGACUGUCCGGAGAGAGGCAGAUGACUACUUCGACCCGUCUAUUGGAUCUCUUCUCGUAGGACUUGAUCCACGAGAAAGACGAACACUUCAUCUUCGCAUCCUCUUCGCCGAUACGGACCCGAAGAGACAUCCGAGUUGGGGCCAAAUAUGGGUUGACCGGCUCGCGGAUGUCGCAGAGAGCUACAAUGUCACUGCGAGUCAGUUGGAACAUCUCAAGAAACUGGAAACUGAAAGGAAUUAUUAUGAAAAAGGAGUGUUGUGA